AUGAGAUUAAUUUUCAUCUACAAAAAUAUUUUCGGACUCAAAGCAAUUAAUGUAAGAUAUCAAAAAUUAAUCAUGCUGAAAAAGAAAAGCCCUAACUUUUUAGGAAAAAAAUAUAUUAAUAUUGAGGAUUUUCUCGCAAAAUUGUUGCUUUCUGGACAAAGUAGAAACAAUUGGAUUCGAUUAAGUGCAAAUACUAGCAUUUUGCCAAUAAAGUUUAAUUAA